CUACUCCUACAACAUCCACAUAUCAAUAUAUAAAUGUACCAUUUUUAGCAAGUAGACCUCCAAACUUUACAAAAUCCUCUGUUUCUUGUUUUGGCUGCAAAAAUGGGUUUAAUUCUGAGGCGAUGUUUAACUCUUCUAGCAUACUUAGCCAUGAUCCAAGUAUGCUUCGGAAGUUUGAAUUCAGCAGGGAAAGUGCAGUUAGAUUUUUACUAUGAGAGCUUGUGUCCUUACUGUGCCAAAUUUAUCAUCAACGAGCUUCCUAUCAUCUUCCAGAACGGGUUGAUUGACAUCGUUGAUCUUCGCCUUUUUCCUUGGGGAAACGCUAGGCUCACUUCCAACAACUCCUUUACUUGCCAGCAUGGCCCAACUGAAUGCUUAUUCAAUUCUAUUGAAGCUUGUGCAAUUGAUACCUGGCCUAAUCUGGAUAAACACUUCCCGUUUAUUAGCUGUGUUGAGAACCAAGUUUCUGAAGGCAAUUACACCCAGUGGAAAACUUGUUUCAAGGAAUUGGGUUUGAAUCCAAAAGCUGUUACAAGUUGUUACAAAGGUGAAUAUGGCAAAAAGCUUCAGCUAAAAUAUGGAGCACUAACUGCAGCACUCGAACCUCCUCAUCAAUAUGUUCCCUGGGUAGUUGUGGAUGGAGAACCUCUUCUUGAGGAUUAUGAAAACUUUGUAAGUUACAUAUGUAAAGCAUACCAAGGAACUCCACCUAGUGCGUGCAAGAAAGAAUCCUUUGAAAGUGUUUCGAGAAAGAGGACUGCUCAUGUGGCCCGUGUCUGCUACACAGAACAGACUGCAAAGGCGCAAUUCCUAGUGAACCUUUGGUCUUCCAUAACAUCAUGGCUGGAUCAUAUGAUAUAAACUCACGGAUGAUGAUAAAGGUCGCAAGUUGCGACAACAUUUAGUUGCCGCAAUCUUACGUGUCGGAGUUUAACUAGUACAUAUAUGCGUCACGUAGGCUAUGUGUCAUCAGAAUAAUUUUACUAUCAAUGUAAUAUUUUACUAUGAAAAUAUAUAAAUAAGGUAGUCGAUAUAAAGAAAGAAACAAAUUAGAAUAUUCAGAUUUUACUACCUUUUUAUUAAACAUGUAUAAUAGGUUAUAUAAGUUAAAUAUUUUAAUUUCUAAUUUAAAUCAUGACACAUAAGCAUGUCAUAUCAUCAUUGUGACACGGCUUAAAGGUCGCAUGUUGCGACCUUUAUCAUUUUCGUAAA